GAGAAAUACACCCCUAUCGAUAAACGGCAAUCAGCUGUUACGAAAAAGAAGAAGAGCGAUGGGUGUUUUCGUCCGAGGCGAAAUUAUUUUCAUUACUUUCGCGCUAAUUAGCAGGAGUUAGUGACUAAUUGUAGAUUAAAACGUGACCUAAACCGUUAGCAACUCUCGCUGUGAUAAGGGCAAGCGCGCUGCCCCGAUGAAAGCGUGCGAACAAAGGACCUCGAAUCAGAACCACCCGCGACCUCCGAAACAAAGUGGGAAAAAUCGAACCUUGCGGUGGUGUGUGUGGAAUAAUAAAUUUAAUUUGAAGAGUCUAAUGUGCGGCUCUGCCAUUAGUAUAUAGCCGAAAAUGCCAAUUUGUAUAUGUACGAGUGUCGGAUCAAUGAGACUGAGUGCGAUCGAUAAAAGAAAGUGCGCAGCUUGAGCAGGAAGGAGCUGCAACAACAAAGGCAGGAAGGCAGGCAGGCGGGCGGGCACACCUAAUCCGCCCCAGCCCCCACCCCUUAAGUAGCCGCACACACACACAUCAGCAGCCACGAAAUCAUGGAGGCCCUGGAGGUGGUGGAGGAGACCAGCGACGACAGCUUCCCGCUGGGGUUUCCAGAAGUGGGCACCUGGAACAGCACUCACAAUGUCGCCUUCAACGACAUGAAUCUGGAUGCGCGCAUGAUAUGGCUCCUCGCAUCCCUGCUCACCACUAUCACCUGGGUGACCUACAUCACCUUCUACAACUCCCGGGUGAUCGGCAUGCUGAUCACCAAGAUCGCCAAUCGAUGGUUCAUCAAGGGGGCCUACUUCAAGAUCGGUUCGGUGGCCCUCAAUCCGCUGGCUGGGAAGAUCAUGUUCCGGGACUUUGUGUACAUAACCUACGACUACACUGUGCGGGCACAGGACGGAUACUUUAUAUUCCGCUGGUGGCGCUCCUACGUCCCCAAAGAUGUCUCAGAAGAUCUCUCGCACUCGGACACUCGGCUGUCGGUGCAGCUGAAUGGCUAUGAACUCCACAUCUACAACAGAUCCGAUCUGUACGACACGCUGGAGAAGACCUUCGGCCUGGAGCCCUCGCUGCUCAUCCCCACGGACGUGGCCAGUAACGAGGAGCGCAACAAGCUCAAGGAGCACCACAUGAACCUGGAGAACGCACGCCAAAGCCAGCGCAUCCAGAACGUCAAGAACUCGGAGGCCAUGCAGGCCACCACGUGGCGGGAUCUGAUACCCGUCAUCAAGAUCGACAUCUGCUCGGGACGCUUCGUCUUCGGCAACCGGCUGACGCCCACAACUCUGUCGAUAUCCGUGGAGGAGGCACGCUGCACGUACAGCACCAAGCCGGCGGUGUGCCGACUGGACCACUUCAUGCACUUCGUGAAGGCCAAAGUGGAGAAUGCCAAGGUGCUCUUCUGCCCGAGUCCCAAGUACACGGGACUGAUCGACGAGCCGCCCCGCUACAUGGGCGAGGGAUUCGUGGUGAUGAUGUCCAACCAGAUGGACCUGUACUUCUACAUGGACGAGCCGGGAGUGGUGCCCGAACAGCCCGUACAGAUUGUGCUGCCCAACGGGGAUGUGGUGGAGCCAUCGCCACCGGUUUGGGGCAUCAAUGCUAGGUGCUUGAAGGGCACGGACUUCAGCUACGGUCCCUGGGCGGAUCGGCAGAGGGAUCACCUGUACAAGUACUUCUACCCGUCGGACUGGAAGGAGGCGGAGGUGACACCCACUCCCCAGCCCGGAGAACUGCGCAGCUACCAGUCGUUCGAUGUGACGCUCUGCGUCCUGAACGAGGCCACCAUCGAUAUACUCUUCUCCAAGGAGAAGGAGACCAAUGCCAUGCACAUAACCGUGGGGCCCGCUUCAUAUGUGGAGGUGACGAUACCCUGGGUCACCCAACCGGACGGCUACACCUCCAAAAUCCAGGGACAGCUCUUCCACGUGGAGGCCACCACGUCUCUGCAGUACCGCAGCCUGGCGGAGUUCGAGUCCCUGGAGUACAAGGUGCGCAUCCACUAUCCGACCAAGUGGAAUGCGCCGCAGGACUGGAACAUCUCGCUGUCCGGCUGCAAGACGAGUGCGUUCAUCGUCUACAAGCACAAGUGCUUCUUCCAGGACCUCAUCGAGGAUUGGGCGAACAAGGCGCGGCCGGACAUCCUCAGCUUCGUCCCAUACACCUGCAACUUCAGCAUCCGGCUGAACGAGUUCGAGAUCCUGAUGCUCUGCAACGAGUACAACUGGAUCGACUGCAGCAGCGCCAACCAGGAGAACAACCACCUGGCCUUCUGCGGCGACGUCUUCGAGAUGAGCUUCGCCCUGCCCUUCGAUGACUUCCUGCCCAAGACUGUGACGCUGAAGUUCUGGAUCCACGGCGAGGGCUUGGACCUCAGCCUGUACGUGCCGGAGGUGUCGACGGUGCGACCUAUUGUUCUGGCCAUUGACGAGAACGCAAGACUGCUGACCCGCGAGGGCAAGCUCAUCCGGCGCCCGGAGCUCUAUGCGAAGAAGUGGCGCAAGAUCUGCCAGCGCUCCGCCGGCUGGAUCGACUGCUGGGCCGUGCCUAUCCUGGCGCUGUCCAUUCAGUACGUGUAUCAUCCAGUUCCGCCGCUGGGUCCUGAUCCCCAGGCAGAUAUCACCACGCCGGAGAAGGAGGAGAUACUUUUGAGUCCCAUGCGAAUACCGAAGGUGAGGAAAUCCCCGGUGAGCAGCUGGCAACAGCCUCCGGAGCAGUAUAGCAACUUUGAUCCGGGAACCUUGCCGGCGGAUCACGUGACCGUGGAGCUGGAGAUCGGCAGUUCCGUGCUCAUGGCCUACGGCAAUGUCCUGCGCAACUUCAUCAACCUGAAGGAGAACAUAUUCGGCGAGGACCAGAACUUCACGGACAUGGAGCAAUCGAAUGUAAACACGAAGGAGCCCGGGGCCACGCAGCUGAAUCCCAAAGACCAGCUGCUGGCCAAGGAGAAGGAGCUGGCCAACAAGUCCAUUUCGGAGACGCAGGCUCCGGAGGAGAAGCGGAAGCCCUUCGACCCGCGCCUGUACCGCCCGCUGGAAGUGAUGGUCUCUGUGAUCGUCCACGACAUCCAGGCGCAUGUGAUGAAGAACUGCAACGACGACGAUCCGCCCUGCCCGGUGGUGCUGAUCGAGCGGUUCGGGUUCGAGAUGAACAAGCGGUACCACGAGACCACCCUCCAGGUUCUGGUGAGUCCCUCGUACCUGCUGGCCUCCGACUGUCUGCAGCGAUCGCAGCGGGAGCAGCACAUCAACCAGGGCCACCUGCUCCUCUCGGCUGUCCAGGUGCGCGGUCAUGCCAUGUUCAGCAACGAGGGCUGUGCGCUGGACGAGGACACCCUGGAGUACUCCUGGCUGGUGGAGGUGCAGCUGGGCAAACUAACUGGAAAACUGACGCUGCCGCAGCUGGUGAAUGUGGUCACCGGGCUGGAGACACUCAUACUCCUGGCCAUCGAUCCGGAGAACUGCCUGAAAUCCCCGAAAACAGUCAGAAACUGCCACCACGGAGUGCCGAGCAACCUGUGCCCACAGACCAAGGAGGAGAAGAAGUACAAGUGCCCCUCCUCGGAGGACAUCAAAUACAAGAUGACGCGCGUGUCCGUGGAUGCCGUGGAUGUGUAUCUCAUCGAGAGCGGCACUGCCCUGCAUGCCUGGAUCUCGCCCAUCCGACUGGCCAACUGCAACCUGCACGGCCAGCGGGUGAAGUCGGGAAUCUCUGGCCUACUGCCCUCGAUCCUCCUGCGACUGUUCAUGCUACACACUACCAAUUCCUCCUUCAACACCAACACUACGGGCAGCAAUCGCUCCGGAAAAGUGAGGCGGGCUCAGGACCAGGACUCCCUAAAGUCCCAAGACGCGGGGGGAUCUCAUCACGCCACGCACGGCAAGCCGGGCAAGCGCAGCUCCAACUCCUUUUCGCGCCGAGACUCCCGGGAGGAUGCCACACGGAAGUUGAGGGACAGUUUCUCGGAGGCGCAUGCCAAACGCACUCCGGAUACCGCCGAGCUCUGCGAGAACUGGGUGGAAGUGGGAUGCACUUCCCUGGGACCGAUUCUCCUGGAGGGAGCCUCCGCGCUGCCCAUUCCCGAUCACGAACUGCAUCUGGUGCAGCACAAUUUCCUGCGGGAGCACGAUGCCAAGUUCAAGCGCUUGUGGUUCCUGUGGUCCCACAACGGCAGUGCCUUGUCCUCCGGAAGUGAGAUAUCGCGGUGCGGCUGCAUUGGUGGCUGUGUUUUCUUCGGCAGCAAUCGGAAUGGCCAGAAGUUCUUCAAGCCCACGGCCCAGGACGUCCACGACAACUACAACAUAGCGCGAUACUUCAUCAUCAACAACAACAAGGACUUUGGCUUCGGCGAGAGCAUCCUGCACCAGGGACAACUGGUCUUCCACACUCCGCCCUACAGCCUCCACUGCGUUUCGCUCUACGACACGGCGGACUUUAACGGCAAGGGUCGCCUGUACAGGCCGGCUGGCGAUCUACGGAAUGGCAGUCUCAAGAAAUCGGAGCUCUGCUCCCUGCCUGAUGGCACUAGGUUCAAGAUAGGAGCCAGUGGAACGGGUGGCGUGGAGAAGCCGGAGAUGAGCAGCCGCAACAAGUCCCGUGAGAGUAUUGGGUCGCCGAAUACCCUGGAGAGGAGGAGUAAGCGGUAUCCCUGCUCACGACAGACCUCUGUGGAGGUGCCGUAUGCGCGCCUGCUGGACAGUCCCUCGAAGAAGCUGCAGAUGCAGCACGAAGCUGCGGCUGGGGACACGGGAACAGGAAUCCGUCGCGGAUCCGACUCGAAUCGACUGCGCGUUUCGCCGCCAAAGACCAGCAUAUCGGACUCACGGCUAACUGGGGAUGUCCUGGACGAUGACCAGGAGAUUCCCGACGAGAUGUCGCACUCUGCCCCUCACUCGCAUCCCCUGGAGUUCGAGAUCGCAGACAUUGCCCUCCACUCCCAGGGAUUGUGCGAUCACCUGCCCAGAGAGGUGCAGCGCACCAUUUCGCUGACAUCGGAGAACCCCUCAGAAAUGUUCUUCUCCGCCGAGGAGGACAUAUCGAACGUGAUGUCCCAGCGGGGAUCGAUGAAGCAACGGAACAGCGCCAACAGUGGCUCAGUAGUGCUGUCUGGCAAGAAACGCUUCUCCUCCGACUUGAGCAUUGGUGCCCAGAACGAGAACGGAAGCCACACUCUACCCACAUAUCGCAGCGACCUGGAGAUCCACGCUCCAGAUGGCAAUAAGACGCUUCCGAAACGGCCGCAGAGCACCACAGAACUGAACGAAGACGCGAGACGCAUUCACGGUCUUGCCACACCAAUAAGAAAAAUAACAAAUAUCUCAUCACGACCCGAGUAUCGACAUUUUGUUCAUGAUGCGGACUCACGAGGAUCUUCGUCAGGCACCCCGUCGCUGUCUUCCAACUCCUUCAUCUCGGCCAUGUCCUCCCAGGAGGACGUGGCGCUCGUCAAUCUCCACCAGCAGGUCAACCGGCCGAUCAUCGACUCGCCCCUGCUGAUGGCCAGCUACCUGAACCACCUCUCGCAGGUGAAGUGCUUCAACUGGAACGGCUGCUCCUUCCCCCUGGGACCGGACGUCUUCUCCACGCCGCUCUUCCACGAGAACGAGGACGGCGGCCUCACCUACAUCGGCAGCAAAAUGCUGCCCCACUUCGAUCUCUACUCCUGUUGGCGGGAGAUCAAGGUGGUGCCGCGCUACGAGAAUGCCACAGGGAGCAACAGUUCGGCCACGUUUAUGGGCGGACCGAAGUCGCAUCCGUGGGAUCCCAGUGUCCUGCUCAAAGAGGAGGAAUCGGACAAGACCACCAAUGGGUUCGAUGACGGCGAAUUCAUGAGCCUGCAGGCGGAGGGCGGAGCAGCCUGCACGUCGGUGGUGGCCAGACUAAAGGGUCAAUUGAAUGUCUUCCUCACCCCGCUCCUGCUAGAAGGACUGCAAAGAAUGGUGGAGGCUGCAAUUCCAACGAUCCAGUCGAUGCAUCUCCUGUCGGUGGUGAACUUCAUCCACACCUCGUGCAUCGCCAAGGUGAACAAUGACAACAUCCUGAAGCGGGACCAGAGCCUGAGCUACUGGUCGCAGGUGCACUCCAACUCCAAGCGUUCCACUACGGAGAGGCACCUGCAGGGACCCGGUGACUCCUUCUUGAGUGACGUCUACGAGGAGAGCAUCUCCACCAAGACCCAGGGCCUGAUAGUGCUGCCCAAGGUCAGCAUCACCAUGCUGCAGUCGUCCAUUGUGGAGGAGGUCAUCUCAGUGGCCGCUUUGGAUAAUGUGCAGGACCUCAGCUGUGUCUCGCUGCUCACCUUCUACAUGGAGGGCAUCUCCACCAAGUUCCACCUGGGCAAGACCACACGCGCCUCCAUGCACAAUGUCUACAUCCAGCAGACAGUGCAGUCCGGCAGCAGCCACAAGAAGGGUGGCAUCAUGAAGGGCACUCGAGCUCUUUUGGCCCAUCUCUCGUCGCAGACGCGGCCGGACAAUGUCCAGGGGGAGCCCAUCCUGAUCGAGACGUCGGAGAAGCAGCUGGAGGAGCUAGUGAUCACGCUGGACAUCGGCCGGGCGCAUGCUCAGCUGCGGCGCCUGAAGACCGAGGGCCAGUCCUGCGCCCAGGACUCGCCGAUCAUAGUCACCGCCAUUCCGGAGCACAAGAGCAAGGUGCUCUUCGAGUGCCUGAAGAUGCCGGAGAGCACUGGAAUCGAGAGCAUUGGCUACAUCAUGUUCGAGUGCGGGUUGGAGGGCGUGGGAGUGAAGAUCGUGAAGCGGUCGCACUUCGAGAAGUCCGAGAACAGCAAAGAGGAGCUGGCGGAGAUGGCAGGAGCAGCUGCUGGAGCCGACGGAGGACCAGCUACUGGUGGCUUCAAUCUGAACGACUUGGUGGGUCAAGCUGACGGUGCUGGAGGAGCGGGAGCUUCGACUUCCGGAGAUGGUGGAGCCACCUCGAAGGCGGAGGCUGCCUGGCGGUUGAUUACCAAGAAGCCGCCAACUCCGAAGACCCCCAAGGCCUCCGAUAACGCCGCCGGGGAGAGCUCCAGUGGCGACCAAAGAAAAUCCACACCGAAACCUCCGGAUGAGGACGUGGAAAAGGGAGCUAGCACCGCCAACAAUCAAGGAGCUGCCAAUGCCCAAAAAUCCUCUGGAGCUAACACCAAGGAUGGCUACGACAAGGUGCUAUCUAAUGUGAAGGAAACGGAUAAGACUUCCUCCUGCGUGAUUGAACUGAAAUCCGUGUGGUUCAACUUUGCUGCCCCGCCCUGUGUUCCCAUCACCCGCAAGAUCGAUCUGACGCGGUUGGACUGGAAUCUCCUGAGCACUGCCUCGCCGGCGAUUACGGCCUGGAUGAAUCCCAGCAAUCGACUGGCCAUCAAAAUAGUGGCUCUCAUGAAAGCCCUCCACACGAGACAAACGGCGGUGGCUGCCUGCCUCAUGGCGGAGGCAAUGGACAAUGAGAAGAUCCAGAGGAAUCCCAAAAUUAAGAAGAGUCGCUAUGCCAACAACUACACGUUGCUAUCGAAGACUCUGCAGGAGGAUCCAAGUUGCCAGCUGUGCUACAUCAUGCAGAAGUUGGUCCUGGACGAGGGAGUCCAAAGGAUUGAGCCGAUAUUCAGACAGGCCGAUGUUCCGCACUUGAACACCCUGCGACAGGGCAUCAUUGUGCUGAGCCGGCAGUGGAAGAACACGCUGUACAAUCCGAUUCUCUUCGAGCAUCAGUACAAGAACAAGCUGGCCAGACCCAUCAACGUGACAUUCUCGUUCCCGCAGAACGAGGAGGAGGCGGAGAACGACGAGUGCGAAGGUGAUGUUGAAAUGGGCGCCUUUGCUGGCGUCGGCGAGAAUCCGGAAGAGAGUGAGAAUGCAUUAUUACUUGGGCAAACACAGCAUCAUCGAACUCACAUUGAAAACAAUCAGUAUGGCGGACUCUCGUAUGGAAACCACGAAGCUGGAAACCAGGGCACUGCCUCCCAGCGUUCAACCUCCACGUCUCCGAACAUUCAUCUCCCACGGAGGGGCCUGAGCAAAGUGCACAGCAAAGCCUCGAAUUAUUCACAUGGCAAUUCGUCUCGUUCUAGUAUUCAGAUGCUGCCCAUUAUUUCUGGGCUGGUGGAGAAGCAAGUUCCAGAAUUUGAAUAUGGAGCUCUGCAGGAGGGUUCUCUGAGUUCCACCAACUCUGUCAACAAAUACUGGCUGGACGCCGGGAAUAAUAAGGAGGACUUCUACUUCUGGAUGGCCAAGCAGCAGGACAACAAGAAGAAGGAACACUUUGCCGCCAAGGAGCAUGCCCGUCCCGCUCCACCAAAGAUGGCCGGACACUUGGGACAGACUCGGAGUGGCAUCAUGCAGGAUUCCAUCAAGCUGCUGGAUGCCCAUCUGAUCUUUGAGCCACUGCUCACUUGCCUGGGCGUGAUGCCCCAGCAGAUGAUCAACAAGUUCUCCAACGCCGACAUCUCCUCGCUGGAGAACCUGGGCACCAAUAUGUCCCUGAUCGGCACCUUCGAUUCCAUUCGGGUGGACAUUGUGGUCAGCGAGGCGGGCGACAAGAAGAACUCGGCCCAGAAGCCGGCAAAGAUGAGCAAGAAAUCGAAUGGUGGACGAGCCUCCAUCAUGAUGGACACACCCCUCUUCCUGUGCGAGCGGGUGGGCGUUGAGCUGGAGGUCCUGAAAAUGUCCGAUGGCAUGGUGGACCAGGCCCGCCAGAAUGUUAUCUACAUGUCGCGCCGCCAGAUGAAGAAGCACACCAGCACUGUGAUAAACUUCAGCCUCAAUGUGCGGUUCAUCUCGCAGCAGGUUAACAUGCCGCUCCUGAGGCUUCUGCACCAGAUCUGCAACAUGUACCAGAAUGUGAAGGACGCCCAGAAUGAGUUCCACGACCAGCCCGAGCUCAGCAAGAAGAGUCAAACCAAGGAUGAGUGCAGUUUGGCCUCGGAACCCACAGAUAUCCUGCCCUUCAACUCGGUCUCCGAACGCUUUGGUCAUGGGGAGAACUACUCGGACGAGCGGUAUGACAAGUUCAAUGAAACUAUGCCCACAAUGCCGGCCAGGCCGCGUCCUGGGGGCUUGGGGCCCAUCAUCCAGCUGACACCUUCUCCGAAUGCCAAGAACCGACCGCAGAGCUUCGCUCAGAAGCUGCGUUCCACCGGGAAAUCCGUGAAGGGAAAACUGGGCUACACCAACCUGAACGAGUCCAGUUCGUCGCCUUUGAGGGACAGUCCUACCAUGUCGCUGCACGAACAGCACAUCCUCAAGAUGGCCACCGAGUCCAAGGCCUCGCUGAACGGCGCCUGCGCCACCAGCGUGAGUGGCGACUACCAGAACACUCUGACCAAGGCGGGUAUGCCGACCUCGAUGGCCCCCAUGCUGGAGACUCCGAACUGCUGGAAGACCAUCUACCAUCUGCUGGAGCUGUACGGCACCAUGCCGGAAACCAAGACGGUGGUUCAACGAAGCUCCCUCAACGAGCACAAGAGCAAGCAAGCCGGCUUCGCCAACGACGAGGAUGACCUGGCCAGUGCUCCGACUCCGCUGCCCCAGCACAGGGAAAUGCUUCUCGUGGAUGGUCCCUCGCAGGAGCGAACGCGCCUGAUUGUGUUCGGGGUGGCCAAGAUCCACAAGACGCGGUUGUUGGCCACCCUUUCCGGACUCAAACUGGAAUCCGAGAUCACUACGCUUAACAGCACGGCCACCUGGAGGAAGAAGGCUCGUCCAGUGUCGCUGGAGUGCUCCCUCACCGGUCAAGUGGGCCGAGCUAUGAUAGUGCUGCUGGAGGGAGUGGCUCCCAGCCAACAAACCGUGGUCAAGGUAACUGUGGGAAAGAGCCAGACCCUUUACUCGAGUCUAUCGAAGCGCGGCAAGGACAAGAACAGCGGCCUGCUCUCUAUUGGCGCCGUCAACAUAGACAUUCCGCAGCACCCGGUGGCUCUGCACGGCAUGAUGACUCGCAGCUCCAAGCAGUUGUCCUCGACGCUGCAGGAGCUGAGGGUGAAACGGAACUCCGGACGCUCCACUCUCCGUUCGCACACUGCCGAAGAGCCCGAGUCGCCGUUCCAUGCCCGGCACUCUGGCGGAGCCAGCAGUGGAGCCGGCGUGGCAAGCGAGAUGCGGGAGCGAACAGUCUCCGGCGGUGGGGGAGGAGGUGGCGGCGUUGGAGGCGCCUUCCACCAGCAAACGCAGCAGGCUGCUCGUCGGGCGGCUCACUUGGCACAAUCGAAGACUGGAACGGCAAGCCAGCACCAGAACGGCCUGCUGCAGCCCCUGGUCAUGCAGUUCAAUGUCCUGCUCCAGAGCCUGUCCAUCAAUGCGGCGUUGCUGCCGUCACUGCAGGCCCAGUACCGGAUGAACCACGUCAGCUCGAUGGGAGUGACCGGGCAGAGGGCCAAGUUCGUCAUCGACCUGCCCACGCACACGCUCAGCUUCAACACGAAGAUUCAGAACGAAAUGAAUCUACCAUCGGAGGCCUGCAUUGGCCUGCCGCCUGUCCACGUCCUGGCCGAAUACAUUCCCGACCAUCGCCAGGAUCACACGGAGAACAUCGAAGGCAUUGUCCUGCGCCAGGGUGGCUAUGUGAAUGCCAGUGCCGAGAUCGGGGAGUUCGAGCGCUGCCUGACCACCGAUCUGCUCAACCACCUGGUCUUCGUCCAGAAGGUCUUCAUGCGCGAAAUCAACGAGGUGCUCCAGAAAGUCUACGGCGGCGAGAAGCCAGUGCCUCUGUGGACGGAGGAGAGCGGGGACAGUGCCAGCGGCGUACAGGAGUCCUCCUUGAAGCGCAUCCUCUUCUCCAUCAACAUUUCGAUGAAGCGCAUCCAGCUGACGGCCACCACCCCGUGCUCCUCGGCGGUUCGCUUCGAAACAGGAACCCUGGAGCUCCAGCUCUCCAAUCGCGUCAAGAACCUGGGAGACUUGAGCAAUAGGAAACUGUUCUUCAAGGCGCACAUUGAUUUUAACUUGUCGCUCGGUCAGAUCAUCCGGAAUGUGAUCUUCGACGAGGCUGAGCCGGAGUUCCAGCAGUACGCCUUCUUCCACACCACCAUUGGUCUGAGGAACGCCUUCCAGGACGAACUGCUCAACGAGGACAAGGAGCUGAUCCUGCUCACGCUGAAGAGGCCCCUGGUUUAUGUCCAACCGAUUGCCGUGGACAAGGCCAUCCUGGUGUGGCUGAACUACAAGAACGCCUACGAGUACUGGGCGGAGAAGAGAGCCAAUCUCUGCCACGAGCAUGUCCAGCACAGCCAGUAUGGUCAGUACUCCGGCGCCGGCUCUGCCUCCGCCCAGCAGCAGCCAAAUCCGCAGGUCUUUGACCGCGUGGCCUUUGGCCAGAUAGCCAGCUCCAAUCUGUCCACCUUGUUCCUGCAACUUACCGUGGAGGACAUGGGAAUCUGUUUGCCGCUCAAGCAAGUUAAUACAACGACCUUCGGCUCUCGCUCCUACCAGGACUUUGAUGCCAAGGGUGCCGUGGUGAUCACCUUGGAGAACACAAUAAUCUCGGCCUGCAACUCCGGAGCUUUGGUAUCCAAGGGCAAGUUCCAAGGCCUGUGUCUACGCUUCGCAGACGAUUUUGAGACGAAUCUGGACGACUGGAAGCCCAACAAUGGGGAGCCCAUCAUGAACGUGUGCGUGGUGUCCGAGGGAACCUUCGAGGUCUGUUCCCGGACGACGGCCGCCAAGAAGGGCGAGAACGCCAAGUGGCUGCUGAACGUCAAGUGGCAGAUGGAGGGUGUGGACAUCCACUUGGAUGUCAACAUUGGCAAGCAGCUGAGCUCGCUGGGACACACACUGACCAUGCUCACCGGGUUCGAGGAGGACGAGACUCAAAUGGAGUCACCCGACAGUGACGAGGGUGACCAGAGCUGCCGGGACACGUUUGUGCGACGUCGUGGGGACUUUGAUAACCUGCCGGCCUUCGUCUUCGAUCCCACCAUCGACUCUAAGAAACGUUCCUUCAUGAUGGAGAAGGAGAUGGCCGAGCAGCUGAAGAUCAUCAAUGAUUUGCGGACGCUGGGAGCCUCCCACAAUACCGUGGCUCACGAGGAGCGGCGCCUCCAAGAGCUUCAGGCCAUAUGCUACAAGUACUUCCGGAGGGACAUGAUCCAGAAGUGGAAGAGGCCUUCGCUGAGGAGAUCCCUCAAGAACUACAGUCGCUCGCAUUCCUACAUCGGAGCAGGACCACCGGGAUCCGUGGGCUCUGUGGGAAUGCCUCAGUCACUGGACAAUGGCAGUUACGCCGGCCGACGAUUAGACACCAUAGCAUCCAACGAUGAGAUCUCUAGCUUGCAGAGCACUCCAGCAUCGUGCCAUUCCCGUAGUGCUUCCCUCAAGCAGAGUGGUGGAGGAGGAGGAAGCGUGGCAGGAGUUGGACGCGGACUGAAUGCCCUGGGAAGGGUGACCUUCACGGAGGCCAUGCGCCAGACCUCACUGCCCAAUGCGGAUACCGACACGGAAACCGCUGAUAACGAGCUCGACUGGCGCGGCGACAUCACGCCCAGCGAAAUAGACGUAGAUGGCACAUCCGUGGAGAUGCGCCGCAAGCACGGACACAACCAGAAGCAACCGGAACCCAAUAUCGACUUCGAACUGGACAUCAAGGUGCUCGUGAACUCCGGCAAGUGUGUGCUGCACACCAAGGACACAGGCGAGGAGCGGGCCCAGGGCUACGGAGGUUCUAGUGGAGCAGCGCCCGCCUCGAGUGUAAAAUCCCAUAAGAGGGAGCGGAGCAUUGGAAACGACUGGGGCAGUCCCACGCCUUCGAGAAGGCAGCGGGACAAGAGCAAGCUCCGCUACAAUGCCAACGCCUUGCUGGCGGAUCUGACCAUCUUCCAUAUUCCCGGAUUGGAUGUGAAACUCCACUACCAAUCGCGAACUCUGGCGGAGCAGUUGACUGGGGAGCAGCAGGUGCCUCAUGGUCGCCGGAUGGGCAGCAAGCGGGCUACAUUGAGUGCCUGGAUGACGUUGCAGAGUAUCCCCGAGGAGACCAUCAUCUCGCCGCACAUCCUAGAGUUCCUGGAGCAAACGCUGGAACCCAUUCCUGCUCGCCAGCCCAGCAGCGUGCCUCCUACCCCGUCCCACAACGCCGCCGUUAACCUGGACAUUCUCCCCGCCAACUAUGUGACCUACGCCUCCUUCCCCGUGGACGUCAUCGUCUACUUCCACAUGCAGCCCUCCACCUUCCGGUUCAGCUGCCUGCCCGUAUCCCGGGUGGAGUGCAUGCUGCAGCUGCCCAGCUUGGAUAUCGUGUUCAGUUCGAAGCGCAGCAGCGAGGAGGAGAACACGGGGAAUCUGGGUCACUCGGGGCAUCCGGAGCAGCCCUUGCCCACUGGCGGACUAAGUGUCACCGGCUGCCUGGCCGACUUCAAUGUGUUCAUCUUCCACCCGUACGGAGGCAAGAAGACCUCCAAGGAGACUCAGUUCUCGCCGCUAAGCGACAGCGAACGGAAGGACUCGCUGAGCAUCAACGUGGAGUUUGUCAAGUUCCACAUCACGCGCUGCCGGAAGGUCUACAUCGAACCACUGCCCAGCUCCAAGAGGUCCCUGGACCAGUCCCGAGCAGUCAUACGCUUCUCCACCAUCGUGGACAUUGGCAGUGCCAGUUUCAAGUAUGAUAUGCGUCGGCUUACCGAGAUCCUGGCCUUCCCGAAGGCCUGGUACCGCCGCAGGAUCGUGCGGCGCUUGUUCCUGGGCGAUCUCAGUGUCCACCAGCAGCAGCAGCAACAACAGCAACAGCAGGGUGAUGCUUCUACUCCUGUGACACCGACUCCCAGUGAAGAUGCCAGCAGGGCCAAGGAUAAAAUGCGACUGGAUUUCGACGCUCAGCCGUCGCAGCAACAGUUGGGCCACUUUGGCGCUGUAAGGAAGCUCAAGAACCUCGGGAAAUCCUCCAGUGCCGAAUCCUCGGGCACCCCGCCCUCGGAGAAGAACCAGAUCACUGCCUGGGAAACCCUGGUGCUCUUCGCCGUCAAUUUCACGAAGCUGAAUGUCCAAAUGAACAUCGGAAAUGUGUGCGGCAAUGUAGUGUGGCUGACCAAGGAUUUCCGAUCGGACGGACGGCUCUCCAUCGGAAGCACCGGCUACAAGAACAUGUACGCGGGCAUAUACCUCGGGGGAUCCGCUCUGGACGCCAAGGGUGGCAUCGUGGGCGGCAGCUUCGAGGUUAACAAGAUCAACAAGCGUUUCCACAUCAAGGAGGAGGCGGGCAUGGAGCCCUAUCACACCAUGGGCCUGAGUUUCAUGGCCAUGGAACUGCGUUUGGACUACAUGGGCACUUCGGUGCUGAUGACGAGGAUAAGCAGCUUCUCCGCCGCCAUGAAGGACGAGUGGCGCACUGCCGCCCAGGCGGCGGCGGCUCCAUCUCAUGGGAAGGAUCAGGCCCGAGCUCUGAUCUUUAUCCACGGCGACCUCACGUGGGACCAGCUGCAGAUCAUGAUCAGCAAGUCCACGACUGCCGAUCUCCUGAAGAUGUACUUCAAGCUGGAGGAGUUCUUCACGCAGCAGUUCAAGUCCUCGAAGCGGGUCUUCUCAAGCCUGGAGCCGCGCCUCCAGGAUCGCUCCGCCAGCAUCAAGCGGCGACAGCAGUUCAAGAAGAAGGCGGCGGGCAACGGGGAACUGGCGGCUCCGGUGCAGAUUCAGGGCUUGAUUGGCGAGAACACGGAUGCCCGGCAUCACCGCCACUGGCAGAAACCUCUGGCCCACGCCGUGGGUUUGGUGGUGCCUUCGCUGGUGACCCGUCUGCCACGUCAUGGCAACGUUCUCGGCGGCACCGUGGAGCUGAGAGGCCAGAACAUCUCACUGGCUUGCUUCCACGGCAUCAACUUCAAGUCCAAGUCCUGGGCUCUCUUCAGUCUUAGGUCGCCGUCCAUCAACUUUGCGACGGAAGCUCGGCAAGUGGACGACGAGGUGCUCGUUACCCAGACACUCACCUCCUGCCUGGGCCAGACCACAGAGGUGCAGCAGCAACAGAAUCACUCAAUGGCCAUUGUCAGCCGGAUCAGCCGGAAUAUCAUUUUUCCGCCGCAGUUCAAGACGCUCAACGAGUGGUUCCACUAUGCCUUUGCCAACAGCGAGAUCGAUGCUGUGGAUCGCUUCCCCAUAUUGGAGUGCGAGCGUGAGAUUGCAUCCAAUUCGAUCGAACGAACACGUGCCUCUGGAAGCAGCAGUGCCUCCAAGGCGCAGGAGCAUAACCACAAUCGGGAGGUAAUCUUUGCCCUGCCCAGCCUGCAGCUCCACUUCAAGACUGAGCACAAACAGGGACCAACCACACCAGAGCCAAGUGAAAACAAGCCAGAAGUCUUGUGCAGCUUCAUCACUGAGUUCGAUGACCACAUCUUUGUGACCGUCGAUGCAGAUGCCUUUUUCUUCCUCCACGAUCUCAUCACCUCCUACGUGACUGAGAAGGAAAAGGUGAUUGGAGCCCAGUCGGCGCGAGCCGCCUCACCCAAUCUCUCGCAGAAGGCCAACCUCAAGCCCUAUCUGACCGAGGAGAUUCUCAAAGAAAGGAAGGCAGGAGCCUCUAAUACGAACCUUACUGCCCAUGGCCAGCAGAUGAGCGCCAGCAAGAGUAGCCUUGAUCCCCUGCAGGGAGGCAGUCACUCGAGUCUAUCGAGCACGGCUGCCAAUGUGACAGGAGCAACGGGAACUACCACGAACACGACGACGACGACGACUACGACAACAGGAGCGACAGCGGCAACGACAAGCGGAACAGGCACUGGAACCGCAACCGCUACUGCCGCUUCCACAUCAUCGACCACAGCCACAGCGACUGGAGCGACAGGCUCGACACAUGACACGACCGAUGGCAAGCAGCCGCCGGAGAACGCCCCGCCCAGCUUUGAUCUCGAAUCCUUUGUGCGCGACUGGCGGCACUUUGAGUGCCAGACCUGGCACCUGGAGCCCACGGUGCGCCUGCUCUCCUGGGCGGGCAAGUCCAUUGAGCCGUAUGGCGUUGACUACAUCUUGAACAAGCUAGGAUUCAGCCACGCACGCACCACCAUACCCAAGUGGUUGCAGCGCGGAUUCAUGGACCCCCUGGACAAGGUUCAAGCACUGAUGAUGCUGCAGCUACUACUGAUGGUGCGUGAGAAUAAGAUGGAGCAGCGGGAUGGUGGCUCAGGAAGCGGAAGCGGAAGCGGAAGCUCCAAGCAGCAGAACCAUCGGCCACCAACGAAUUAGUAGCAGCAUGGCAGAGCAAGCAUCUAUGACAACUGACAAUUACCCGAGAAGUCUUUCAACUUAGUUUAAGUAGCGAUUCAGAUAUUAGGGGUUUUGUCAUCCGUGUAAAGUUUUCUAUAUUCUAUACAUUAUUUAUUUGUCCCGGCUGACCUGGCACCCCUUCUACGUAGGCCAGAUAUAGGUAUUAUUUGGCCGCUAUGGCACCAUCUUAUCUAAUGUAAAUGGUUUGCUCUCCUUCCCAUAACUUUAAGCGUAUCUGUAUCCUUUCCCCCAUUUUUUAAAUACUUAGGUGCAAUCAGUGUGAAGUGCUUCGUGUAAUUUGCUCAAUUUUUGGCGCUUUGUAAACAAUGAUUACAUGGAUUACAUUUUUUUGUGGUUAUUUCUAGUGUUUACUAUGCAACAAUGAGCCAAGCAAUUGUGUUUAACCUUUAAGUAGCUCUAAUCUACCAGAUUAUACAUAUAAUAUAAAUACAAUCCAAAAUGUAUAUCGAUAAGUAACUGAAUAAACUUUCGGAAGUGCAUACCAAAUAAAAAUUAACAAAUAAA